UCACUGUCGUGGCACAUAUAAAUAAAUCCUUCGUCAUUCAGCAGCCAUAGAUAGCUCCUUCAAUUAGGGUUUUUGUGAUCUGCAAGCUACGAUGGGUAAGGGAACGGGGAGUUUCGGUAAGAGAAGGAACAAGACCCACACCCUCUGUGUGAGGUGUGGCCGCCGCAGUUUCCACCUCCAGAAGAGUCGUUGCGCCGCGUGCGCUUUCCCCGCUGCGCGCACCAGGAAAUAUAACUGGAGCGUGAAGGCCAUUAGGAGAAAGACCACCGGAACUGGAAGGAUGAGGUACUUGCGUAACGUGCCCCGUAGAUUUAAGAGUGGCUUCAGAGAGGGUACCGAAGCUGCACCCAGGAAGAGAGGAGCUGCUGCCUCUACCUAAGCUUUGAAUAAUAGCAAUUUUUGCUGGGUCAGUGAAUUAUAUAGGAUUUAAUGUUUCUAUGUUGAUGCCGAGCUCUUUGGAACACGUUUCUUUCUGUCGUUUUAAUUUCAUUUAAUAUGUAGUGGCUUUGUAUUUCGACGUGAGGAUUGCAAGGAAUUUUUGUUUUUUCAACGAGGGUAUUUGACAUCCAUAUUCUGGCUUAUCAUUCUGGGCAUGUCAUUUGGUACUGUGGUUCAAUUAGAUAAAUUUAGGGUAAGACUUAUUUGGUAUUAGUUUUUUUUAUUAUGGUUUAUUGGGUGUUAGUUAUUGUCAAGAAUUGUUGAGUUUUCAUGCCUUGGCUUUA